AUGGCCCGGAGAAGCAGGAUGCGCCCCUACCUUGACCAAUUCUGCCAGCUGCCCAAUCAGGGAUACAUUGUCUGCAUCAUUGGGCCGAUGUUCAGCGGGAAAACGACCGAGCUCAUCCGAAUCCACGACCGUUACAAGAUUGCCAAGAAGAAAUGUGUGCUGGUGAAAUACGAUGGGGAUAUGCGAUACGAUGCACACCACAUUACGACCCAUCAACAGCAAAAAGCCCUGGGAUGCACGGUAGUUGCUCAUCGACUGGCCGACGUCCGCGAGACGCUCUUUGACGAAGACGUCGAGGUUGUGGCGAUUGAUGAGGGGCAAUUCUACGACGACCUGGCCUCUACCUGUGAACAGCUUGCUGCUGAUGGGAAGAUUGUGAUCGUCGCCGCCCUCAACGGAGAUUUCAUGAGACGGCCGUUCGCCGAGGUGUCCAAGCUGAUCUCGUUCUCCAACGACGUGAGGAAUCUUUCGGCUGUUUGCAUGCGCUGUGGCACGGAUGCAUCCUACACAUUCAGGAACACCAAAGAAACACAGGUCGAAGUCAUCGGCGGCUCCGACACGUAUCAAGCUCUCUGCCGGGCCUGCUAUUAUGCAUCUUCAAUUGCUAAGUGCCACGACACGUGCUCCAAGCCCAGCCGCCGCACCUGCAAUGGA